AUGCACUCACGCCAAGGUUAUCCGCAUAAUAUCUACACCAGAAAUGCUUAUGAACUUGGUUUGGAGGGAGAAAAUUCACUAUCGAAAAGGUUUUCUGAAUCUUUUCGAGAAAAAGUGACUUUACAUCAUAAUCAGAAUAUUAUCACUGGGUCAGCAGAACCGUGCUAUGCGCGAUAUGUUGAUGAUGAAACACCUAAGACUGUUGAACUUCCUCCACCGUACUAUGACCCACCAAAAGAAUGUUUCGGUUGGUAUGGACAUUCGAUGCCCGCGAAUCCCGCAUGUUUUAGUUCGGGUCCGCGGACUCGGUUACGAUCAGAUAUUUCGGUCCAGCCGGUGCAGAAAAUGCGGACACUCGUUCUUUUUCCUGCAGUGCAGCCUCCUUCACCAGAAUGGAGUUCUGAUGAAGAAGUCCCGUCAUUUGCUGCGUCAUCCAGUAAAAUUGCAAAGCGUAAAUUUGACGACGGCCAAAAUGUUUGCGCUUGUCAUAGGGGAAUGAGGAAGUUGAAGCAUCCAUCACCACUGUUGAAAAUACCUUCAGACGAUCGUUUCGCCUUGAAUGAUACAGUAUUUGAUAACACAGGAUUUGAUAGCUCUCCGCUAAUUUCGCAUGAAAGCAGGCUUAUUGAAGCAGGAGAAGAUCAUAGUUUUGAAGGACAACAUCUAGUAUCAGCUACAGGUUCGAACAAGGCGCACCGACGGCCAUUUCCAGGUAGAGAUCGUACAACGUCUGGCACUGUUGUUGUGGAUGGGAAUGAAUCUCCUAUUGGAAACUUUGCUCUAGUUUUCAGAAAUGAAGGAUCGUUAUCAACCCCAAAUUCAUCUGCUUUGCCAAAAUUGGAGUUUGAAAAGGUCGUUAUCGAAAGCCCAGAUGCAGCCUAUUCCUUGUUUAUGAAGGCCCAGGACGUUUAUACGAUGGCUCCAAGUAGCGGGAUGGUAGCGACUUUUGACCUGACGAUGAAUGUUAAGCGGACAUUUAAUGUGAUGGCACAGAACAAUCUUCACGUCGCUGCAUUGACUGAUAUUUCAAAAUGUGUUUAUGUGGCGCUUCUUACCGUUGAAGAUUUUAUGGAAUUGGCUAUCAGGUGCUUUGCUGAUGGAGGGAGAAGAAAUUGUAGAGAAGUACUUAAAAGUUUGACAUUGAGAGAAUGGUACGAGUCAAAGUUGGAAUACGGAUACAAGUUUGAAUAUGUGACUGUUUCCGAAUCUAUUUUCGAUUUGGUAAGCCUGAUGGAUAAACAGUCUUUACACUGGGUUGCUGCUUUGGAGCCAUCGCAGUGCAGUGUGAUGUAUUUUGGCAAUAUGAAGAAAGCUUUUAAGUACUUAUGCGACUAUAUGAACCACUUGCCAUGCCCAAGCUUCAUGCAACAGACACCGAAAGAACUAGGGGUUGGCACUUGGGAAGAUUUGCAGAAAAUUGGCAUAAAAUCGACCUUGAUGGAAGCCUGCAAAGUUAUGAUAAAUCAGGAGUUAUUAGUGGGUGUGUUCUCGCACACCGAUGUUUUACGUUUGAAUUUCUUUGAAAUGCUGAACACAACCAUGGAUGAAAUCAUGACGGAUUUGCAAAUGGUUCAGGGCAAGCUACAUAUCUGUAGCGUAAACGACAGCCUUCUGAAGAUAACACACAUGAUUGCGUUGGCGAAUGUCUAUCAGCUCAUUGCUGUUGAUAAUGAGUUUCGUCUUGUUGGUGUAGUUUCUGUGCGGGAUCUUCUUCAGUAUAUGGUUUUACAACCGUCCGCAAUGUCGUAA